AGUUGUCCAUUCCCACCCAUCUCAGACUCGGUCAAAAUCAAGUCUACCUUCUCUACUCAUCCUCCUCUUCACACCUUCACAUGCUGCUUACCAGCGCAUUCUAGCUCCCCAACCAAGAACACGAUGGGCUUAUGCUUCACGGCAUUGCUUCUGGGUCUCCUCCUCUUGCUUUCAUCCUUCCCAACCCAAUCCACGGCCCAGCCCUUCCAGUGCAGCACCCUCAAUUCCACGUGUCGCUCUCUCGUCGACUACGCCUCCCCUAACUCCACCACGCUCUCCUCCAUCAAAACCCUCUUCAAUGUCAAGAACCUCCGGACCAUCCUUGGCGCCAACAGUCUUCCUCUCUCGACUCCACAGAACACCACCGUCACCGCACAUCAGACGAUCAAGAUCCCCUUCCAAUGCGCCUGCCUUGGGAACCGCACGGGCGCCUCCAACCGACGCCCUAUUUACACGGUCCAGUCAGGGGAUACGCUGUACCACAUCGCCGCCGAGAUAUUCUCCAGCCUCGUGACGUACGAGCAGAUCGCGGCCUUCAAUAAUGUGCCCGAUGUGAACUUAAUUGAGGUCGGCCAGAAGCUGUGGGUCCCGCUGCCAUGUGGAUGCGACGAUGUGGACGGAGAGAAGGUUGUGCAUUAUGGGCACGUGGUGGAGGCCGGGAGCACGUUGGAGCUCAUAGCGGAAGAGUACGGCACGUCGUCUGAGACGUUGUUGAGGCUUAACGGUUUGGCUAAUGCCAGUAGUCUCCUUGCCGGGCAAGUUCUAGACGUGCCUCUCAAAGCUUGUAAUUCAUCAAUAAGGACCGACUCCCUUGACUACCCUUUACUUGUUUCUAAUGGAACUUAUGUCCACACUGCUAACAACUGUAUAAUGUGCAAGUGUGAUGCUGCCAACAACUGGACAUUGCAAUGUGAGCCGUCCCAAGUUAGACCCUCCAACUGGGAUAGUUGUCCGACCAUGCAAUGUGAGGGCAAUUUGUACAUUGGCAACACAACUUCCAAUGGUUGCAGUCGCUCAUCAUGUGCCUAUGCUGGUUAUUCUACUGCUAAUCAAACCAUCUUCACCACUCUUUUGACAGAGUCCACUUGUGCAAGUCCUCCUGCUCCAGGUAAUUAUGCUUCAAAGAUGCAGCUAAGCUGGAACUUAAUCUUCAUCCCGUUUCACCUGAUUAUGUUAUUUCAAUAUCUUUCUCUAUGAGUUUUGUUAAUUAGUAUUUUCUCUAUGGAUCCUCUGUUGUUGCUAUAAGAGGAUUAUGGACUGGCAAAUGUAAUUGUAUAUCUAUCCAUUUGAUGUCAUGUUUUUGUAACCGUAACAAGGAGAUGAUGCAGUUUUAUUAGGUUUUGUAUUGGUUUAGUUUUGAAUUUUGAGGGGUAAAUUAAAUUAUUAUUUUGAAUUUAAUAAUUUUAUAAGAAAGUUAGGAAAA